AUGCAAGAGAAUGACAAGAAAGAGGAGGUUGGGCGGGAGCGGGCUCGAAAAAGGCAUGAAAUAAGUAUCGAGCUCCUGGAUGAGCAGCUUCUCAAGCAAGAGAUGGAAGUGCUCACAGCACGUGGGAGCAGCUGGAGUGCUGGCCAUGUAGAAGAUACUUCCCAGCUCAUCUUUCCCAAAGAUGAAACAGCUGAGACUCUUCUCAAUUCAGAAGUUCAGAUGCUUUUGGAGCAUUGGAAGCAGCAGAUGGAGAGUGCUGAGGUUGAACAAGAACUUCCUGAGGUCUUAAAAAGUUUCACCUAUACAGGCCAUUUCAGUCAUUUCAAAAAUAGAGAGAACAUUGCCAGUAUUCGUAGCUUAUUGCUACAGAAUAGGCUUCAUAAGUUUGAGUUGGCAUGUUUAGCCAACCUUUGCCCAGAAACAGCUGAGGAGGCCAAGGCUCUAAUCCCAAGCCUUGAGGGGUGGUUUGAAGAGGAGAAGCUACAGCAGAUUCUUGAUGCCAUCCAGACUAGACACAGCUUCCAGUAUUAA